AUGUGUGAACUGUCUGAAAAGGACCAUCCUGCCACAUGGCGUGGCUGCCAGAAGUACCAGCAACUUCUCAGGAAAUACAGACAACGGUCUUUCCCACAGCCCUCUCAACGGAGGACUCGUGUAAUACGGAACUCCAACCUGACGCCACACCCUCCGCCCCACCGUCAGCAAACGCCACAAGAACAGCCGGAAGCGACACGGCAGCCAGUAACACAGCCUCCUCCUGAAGCACUUCCACCUCGACAGCACCGCCAACAUUAUUCAUACGCACACGCAGCAUCACCACGCCGACCGGAACCGGAAACCUACGUCUCACCAGCUCAUUUGAUGGAAUCUAUAGCUCCAGCGCUCUCUGAUGUCGCCAAACUUCUCACCGCCGUGCAGCAACAACUGGUGCGACUCGGCAACUGCUGGGCUACAGAUCGGUCAUCUCCGGCGCCUCGGCUGCCACGCUGGGCGCGUACACAGCGGCCUCCAGGGGCACGGGCGUCGUCGCGCCAGCAGACAAUGGCGCCACUAAUGAUGACACAUGGGAGCCCGCCGGCGCUGUCUCUGGCGCGCUGCCCGCGACUGCCUCACACACUCACCCACUCGCACACGGAGGCUGACUCAGCCUUGGAGAGCGAUCACAGACCGCCGUCAGCAGGCAGCGCACCUGUUGCCCUCGUGGCGUGUAACGCGCGCUCGCCGCCGCCGCCGCCGCCGCCGCCGCACUCCAUUACGGAUUGGUCACAGCGCGGAGAGGGCCGCGCCGGGGCGCCCCGCGGCGCGCCGGCCUUCCAAAUAAAGCAAGCGAGGCAGGCGAGCCCAGCCCGGCCACCUGAGGAGGAAGCUGGCGCCGGAAAAACUGGCACUGGGCGCGUCGCGUCGCCGCGGCGCCACCCGACAGGUAUUCCAGGGCUGUCCAGCGCCCGCGUCUCUACCUGCGGCCGCUGCUCCUGCUGGCCGCUCUCGCUCUACGACGCGCUCGGGUACGGCCAGCUGCGCGCCGCGGAGCCCGGGGUGCGCCGGCGUGGCGACGUCAGCGGCGCGCUUUGUGACUGGCGGCUGCCCGCGCAGCGCCGGCUCGCAGCUGUGGAAUGCGGCGCGUCUCGGCCCGGCGCCACUCUGCCAGCCACACACAGUGGCAAGGCGGCCGUGGGUGCGGUAGACGGCGCUGUGUCGCCGAGUACCGGUCUCGUGAGCUCAGACCCCUUAGGCCCGCGGCGCCAGCACGGCACGCGUGUCCGGCCGCAGCUGCCGCUGGCCGCACAGAGCCGCCUUGUGGCCGAGGCGGCCACGCGCCUGCGUCGCGCCACGGGUCACCGCCGACGCUCAACUGCGCGUCUGUGCGCCGGACGCGGCCGCGCCGUCGUAGCCAGUCCUCACGGCGCGCUGCUCUCGGCCUGCUUCAUACCCGGCCGCAAAUGCUGCUGCAACUCACUGCACGUCCAUCUCGACCUGUCUGCCGUCCCAUAA